UUGGAGGAGGCAGCGGGGAAGUCUGCUCUCUCCUGGAGGCGCCAUCGAGGGAGGAAAGGAGGGCAAGAGGGAGCCUUCCUCUACUCCUCCUGGCGAUGGGCUCCUCUCUGUGGGGCUGGCCCUUGGCGGCCUGGCUCUGGGCGCAGCUCCUGCUCGCGGCAGCGGCAGUGGCGGGGGGUCCUCCAGCCCAUUUCCUGUACCAAGAGAGGGGCGAGUGCUUCUUCCCCAACGGGACGGGCCCCGGGGCGGAGGGGCGCUUCCUGUACCGCGCCAUCUACGACCGGCAGGACAUCGUCCACUUCGACAGCGCCCUGGGCCGGUUCGUGGCCCUCGCGCCCAUGGCCCAGUCCAACGUGGACAGGUUCAACCGGGACCCGGACGCGCUGCGGGCCCAGAUGACCGAGGUGGACCGCUUCUGCCGCUACAACUACGACCUCGCGGAGCCCUUCGCCCUCGGCAGGAAACUUCCACCCAAGAUGAUGAUCGCUCCCAAUGACUACGGGGGCUCUUCCUCCUCCCGCAACACUAUGCUGAUCUGCACCGUGGACCACUUUUUCCCAGCCAAGAUCACAGUCCGGUGGUUCAGGAACGGGAAGGAGGAAAAGGGGGACGAAGUGAUGACCACUCCUAUCAUCGACAAUGGAGACUGGACUUACCGGAUCCAGGUUUUGCUGGAGACGCAGCCAGAGAAGGGAGAUGUCUACGUCUGCCAAGCGGAUCACGCCAGCUCUCCCAGCCCUGCCUCCGUUGAGUGGAGGCCCCAGUCGGACUCUGCCAAGAACAAGAUGUGGACAGGGAUCGUGAGCCUGGUCCUGGGGGUGGUCUUUGUAGCCGCGGGGCUCUCUGUCUAUGUCAAGAAAGGCUGCGCUGUGCCCCCUCCCACAGUGGGACUCAUGGAGUAGAGACUCGCCUCCACCUCCUCCGAAGAGAACACCUUCCUUCCAUCCUUCCUCCUCCGUCACCAAGAUGGGAAGAGCCUCGUCUCUUGAGACCCCACUCAACCCCCCUUCUUUCUGUGCCCUGGCCCUGAUCUCGAUGCCUCUGUUUCUCUGUGCUUGUAAGACUGUAGGAUCUAUAUAGCAAUAUUAAAUAACCACUCACAA